CGGGCCCACUCCCAGGUCUGUAAAGUUUUGUAGGAGCGCCCCGGCGUACCCACCCACGCCUCCUCCAAACCCUAGCGCAGGCGCCUCCACUUCGUUCGCGCGCAGGGUCCGGCCGUCCGGCGAAGGGAGGGAAGAUGUACACCGCGAGGAAGAAGAUCCAGAAGGAGAAGGGCCUCGAGCCCUCCGAGUUCGAGGACUCCGUCGCCCAGGCUUUCUUUGAUCUGGAGAACGGCAACAAGGAGCUCCAGAGCGAUCUCAAGGACCUCUACAUCAACAAUGCAGUCCAGAUGGAUGUUGCCGGGAACAGGAAGGCUGUGGUGAUCCACGUCCCCUACCGCCUGCGCAAGGCCUUCAGGAAGAUCCACGUCAGGCUCGUCAGGGAGCUGGAGAAGAAGUUUAGUGGCAAGGAUGUGGUAGUUGUUGCAACAAGAAGGAUCGUGAGGCCGCCCAAGAAGGGUUCAGCUGUUCAGCGUCCUCGCACCAGGACUCUGACUGCUGUUCAUGAUGGAAUCUUGGAGGAUGUUGUCUACCCUGCUGAGAUUGUGGGGAAGCGUGUCAGAUAUCGUUUGGAUGGUGCCAAGGUCAUUAAGAUCUUGUUGGACCCAAAGGAGAGGAACAACACCGAAUACAAGCUGGAGACCUUCACUGCAGUCUACCGCAGGCUCUGUGGGAAAGACGUGGUCUUUGAGUACCCCAUGACCGAAACCGCAUGAAGAUGACCGAAACCACAGGCUCCAUUUCAUUUCUUUGAAUCUGGAUGUUUUGGUUGAGGCUACUUGCUUCCUGUGUACUUGAGAAAUCAAAGUUUUGAUUUCCAAAGUUGUUGCUUAGGUAUUUGCUGUGGACCUGGACAACGUUAUGUUUUGAGCAUUACCUUUGCCCGGUUAACUCGUUGCAAUUUCGUGUCUA